AUGGAAAUUAGUCAAGAAUCAGCAACUCUUCCAGAUUCAGUCAAAAAACUUAGAGCUUGUAAGAUAUGUAGGCUUGUGAAGUCAGCAAGUCAGUUUCAAGGCCAAGGAUGCGAUAACUGCAAGAUUGGGAAGCAGACUUUUGAAUUUAAGAAAUUUACUACUCCUAAAUUCUCUGGCAUGAUUUCACUCAUGGAUCCUACCUUUAGCUUUGCUGCAAGAUAUAAUAAGCUUAACCUCAUACCAGGAGUAUAUGCAAUCGAGGUUGAAGGAGUCCAAGAGGAGGAAAUAUACCAAGAGUAAGCCUUACUAAUAACU